CAUAAUUUCAUGCUUAGAUUCUGCACCAUUAACGUAAGACAAAAACCAACGGGGCUGUGUUUGUUGAUAACGACAUGUUGGUAUUCUUUUUCUUUGGAGGUUGCGUUUAUACCCCUUUGUUCUUUUAUUCCUGAAAGAGACAAUCACAUACGCAUGUUGAAAACUUUCCCAAAAGACAACAACAUGGAAACGCAAUGGCAUGAAGUCGAAAUGGGUCUUGAGUUUUCUUUGGGGGCAUGAAGAGGACAUAAUUGAUCUCUACCUGUAUAUAUCAUCAUGGAGAAAAGAAUUAUUAGAAGGUUUUUAAAAUUAUUUGGCAGAGAAGAGAAGCGCAUGAAGCCUAUUCUGCUGAAAUGUGGUUUGGCUUUGGCUCUUACCUUUGCUGGAUUUCUCUACUCUCACCUCAGAACAAAAAGAAUCAAGGCUUCUGCUUCAUCCCCUAGGGGACACCCUCAAGGACAUGGGAACGAAGGAGGAGGUAGAAGAGUAGCAUCUUGCAGCAAUCUUUCAGAGGGAAAUUUUUUGGACACUGAGGAAGCAUGCAUCAAGAAGGGGGUUGGUAAAAAUUCUCAACGUUGUCUCUCUCCAAGAACUAAGCAAAGUGGAGAGGAAGAUGAGUUCCUUCUACCUGAAUUCAAUGAUGUUAUGAAGGAUGCAGAGUUCGGAGUUGCAGGAAAUUCUUUUAAGAAAGUUGGACCUCCUGUAGCAUAUGCAAGUCUUGAGAAGGAUGACUAUGAGCAAGAGAUCUGGCAGCUCAGGAACAUGAUCAGAAUGCUUCAGGAGAGGGAACGAAGCCUCGAGGUUCAACUUCUUGAAUACUGCGGUCUCAAAGAGCAAGAAACAGUUGUCAUGGAGCUCCAAAACAGAUUGAAGAUAAGUAACAUGGAGGCAAAGAUGUUCAAUCUCAAGGUUGAGACCUUGCAGUCCGAGAAUUGGAGGUUAGCAGAACAGGUGGCUGAUCAUGCAAAAGUACUGGCUGAGCUUGAUGCUGCUAAAACCAAAGUCAAGUUUUUGAAGAGGAAAAUCAGGCAUGAAGCUGAACAGAACAAGGAGCAAAUCAUAAAUCUUAAACAAAGAGUUUCCAAGUUGCAAGACCUGGAAAGCCAAGCUACUGCUAGUGAUCAAGAAAUUGAAACCAAGCUGAGAAGGCUAAAGGAUCUUGAGGCCGAGGCAGAACAGUUGCGGAAAACUAAUUUGAGACUGCAGAUGGACAAUUCUGACUUAGCUAGAAGGUUGGACUCUACUCAGAUCCUUGCCAAUGCUGUUCUGGAAGAUCCAGAGGCAGAUGCUUUGAGGGAAGAAGGCGAGCGUCUUAGACUAGAGAAUGAGGGCUUGACGAAGGAAGUUGAGCAACUACAAGCCGAUCGAUGCUCAGAUGUUGAAGAGUUAGUCUACUUGAGGUGGAUAAAUGCUUGCUUAAGGCAUGAGAUGCGAAACUAUCAACCGCCUCCUGGUAAAACCGUCGCGAGGGACUUGAGUAAGAGUUUAAGCCCUACAUCUGAGAAGAAAGCCAAGCAGCUCAUAGUUGAAUAUGCAAAUAACACUGAAGGGAGAAGGAGCCUUUCUGAUUUUGAUUCUGACCAAUGGUCCUCCUCCCAGGCUUCUUUUCUAGAAGACUCUGGUGAAUGUGAUGAUUAUUCUCCUCUUGAGAAUUCAUCUGAUGCCAGAGUUAACAACACCACAAGUAAAUCCAAGAUUUUCAGCAAGCUUAUGAGGCUGAUACAAGGCAAAGAUAACCAUCAUAACCGUAGUCGAGUUACAUCUCAAGAAAAAUAUGUAUCUCAAGAAGAUAGCAACACUCCAAAUUUCAGAUUUAGUAUAUCAACUGGGAAUGAUACUAGUAGAGCUGAGGGUCGUCGUCGGAGUAUUAGCGAGUUUGCAACUCCCUCUGGCAUAUCUAGAACUUCCUUAGAUUUGAGCCGUACGAUGAGUUUGAAAGAUGAAAUUAGGAGAAAUCCAGAUGUCCUUGCCUCAGGAAGCUCAAGGAAUUUCACUCCAAGCAAAAGGGGUUCAGGAGAUUUAAAAAGCUCAGUAAAUUCUUUCUCAGAUUCCUCUCGCUCAGACAAUUCUAAUUUGGUGAAAUAUGCUGAAGCUUUAAAGGACUCUAGUGGGACUCCAAAACAUAAGAUACAUCGAAGAACAGCAUCAUUUAGUUCAUUUUAACUUGUUAGCUACACUGAGAUUUUACCAUUUUGAACUGGGAAUAUUACAGUUUAGCAGGUUAUCCAGUAGUCAGUCCUGAUAUACCAUAUUAGUUGUUAGGAGCUGUUCAGAUAUCAGACACUGGUAUUAACUACAGUGUAUUAAAUAAGGAUGCACUUCAAAUCCCUGGUAAGGAUUUCUCAGUAAUAAUUCAGUUCAGAGUUAUUGCAACAUUUUAGUGCGUGUUUGGACAUCGUCUGAGUUGAUUGUGGAUAAAAUUGAUUACAGUGAAAAUGGGUUGAAAGUAAAACAAUAUUCAUUUGGAUACAUUUAUGAGAAAAGUAAUUUUUGUUGGAUAA